CGCAACCGGAAGUCAGAGGGAAACCGUGUGAGUAUUUCGCGCCAAAUUGAAACGCAGCAGCAGUCAUUUACAGCGACGCGAGGGGAUCAGUUCGGAGGUCAUUCUAUUACCUUAUCUGCUGGCGUUUUCCUAAUCCCACAUGGAGGAGGCCAAUAAGCUGAUCGGCGCCGGGAAGAAGUUCCUGGUGAUGGGGAAGGCCGUGGAGGCGGUGAGCGCCCUGCAGGAAGCCUGCGGCAUGCUAGCUAAACAGUACGGCGACACGGCAGAUGAGUGUGGCGAAGCGUUCCUCUGGUGCGGUAAAGCUCUGUUGGAUUUGGCACGUAUGGAGAACUCUGUCCUGGGAAAUGCUCUGGAAGGAGUGCCGGAGGAAGAUGAGGAGGAAGACAAACCCAAAGACUCAAACAUUGAGAGCACGGAAAGCAUCGAUGAGGAGACCAGGGAUGAGCUCCGGGUUCAGGUGUACGACGCGAUGGCAGAAAAAAAGGACGAAGAAGAGGAGAAAGCCGGAGAAAAUCAGAGUGAAGGUGCAGAGAAGCCUGAAGGUCAACAGCCUAAAGCAGACGAGGGGGAGGAGCCAAACAAGGAUGUCAGUCAGGAAAAAACGGAAGACGGGAAGGAGGCAGACCAGGAAGCAGCUGCUGAGCGGGAGGAAGAGUCUGCUCCUAAAGACAAACCUGAGGAAGAAUCAGAAGAAGCCGUAGAAGACGAUGAAGGUGAAGAUGAGGCAGAGGAGCAGGGCGAUGGUGCUGCUGAGAAGGACAGUGAGGAUGAGGAGGUGGGGAACCUGCAGCUGGCCUGGGAGAUGCUGGAAGUCGCUAAAAGCAUUUACAAAAGAAAGGACACGAAGGAGGCCCAGCUACUGGCCGCUCAGGCGCACCUGAAACUGGGGGAAGUUUCUGCUGAAUCGGGAAACUACACACAAGCCCUGGAGGACUUCCAGGAGUGUCUGAAGCUGCAGGUGAAGCACCUGGAGGCGAACAGCCGUCUCCUCGCCGAGACCCACUACCAGCUCGGCUUGACGUACAGCCUGAACCUUCAAUACAGCCCUGCCAUUGAGGCGCUGAACAACUCCAUCUCUGUCAUCAAGAGCCGCUUGGAGAAACUCGAGGAGCUGAUGAAAACCGCUGAGGGUCCAGAAGCUUUGCCUGAUGAGAGGAAAGAGAUGGAGGAGCUGAAAGCUCUGCUGCCAGAGAUCCAGGAGAAGGUGGAGGACGCCACAGAGGGCCUGAAGCUGGUGAAAGCGGCUGUGGGGGGAGAUCAGGAUGGAGGAUCCCUUGUAAAUGGAGGGGCUUCCAGUUCAUCUGUCAAUGGCACUUUAAGCAACGGUGGGCAGACCUCUGCGGUUCCAGUGUCCAACAUCUCCCACCUGGUCAGGAAGAAGAGGAAACCAGAGGAAAGUCCAGUGAAGAAGAAUGAGGUCAAGAAGGCAAAGCAUGACCAAGACCAGGAGCCCGCCGCCACGGGAGACUCAAACGGACAUGUCGACGAGAUGGAAGUAGCAAAGUGAGACUUGGAAACGGAACCAGCGUCUGCUGCUCUGGACGGUUCAUCUGCUUCACUGUUCUGGUUUUUUUUUUUUGUGAGGUGUUUUGUAUCGUCAGGAUCUUAAAUUCUCCAAACUAAGUUCCUUCUCUUUUAAUGUAAAUAUGUAUUUCUGUGCUUGUUGGUUGUAGUGACUGUAUAGAUCAAUAAAGAUUUGUUGAAUAAAGGGAA